AUGAUCGCCGCUCAGCUCCUGGCCUACUACUUCACAGAGCUGAAGGAUGACCAACUCAAAAAGAUUGAUAAGUACCUGUACUCGAUGCGCUUCUCGGACGAAACGCUGAAGGACAUCAAGAACCGGUUCCGCAGGGAUAUGGAGAAUGGGCUCGGGCGUGACACCAAUCCCACCGCCACCGUCAAGAUGCUGCCUACAUUCGUCAGGUCCAUCCCUGACGGAUCAGAAAAGGGUGACUUUAUCGCUCUGGACCUGGGCGGGUCCAACUUUCGGAUUCUGCGGGUCAAAGUGACAGAGGACAAGAAGCAGCCGGUCCAGAUGGAGAGUCAGGUGUACGAGACGCCUGACGACAUAAUCCACGGGAGCGGGACGCAGCUCUUCGACCAUGUGGCAGAGUGCCUGGGAGACUUCAUGGAGAAGCAAAAGGUCAAGGACAAAAACCUUCCAGUAGGAUUUACCUUCUCCUUCCCCUGUGCCCAAACCAAACUGAAUGAGGCGGUUUUAUUGACAUGGACAAAGAAGUUUAAAGCGAGCGGCGUGGAAGGCGCGGAUGUUGUGAAGCUUCUGAGCAAGGCCAUCAUGAGACGAGGGGACUAUGAGGCGGACAUCAUGGCGGUGGUUAAUGACACAGUUGGUACGAUGAUGACCUGUGGGUUUGACGAUCAGCGCUGUGAGGUCGGCAUCAUCAUAGGAACGGGAACUAACGCCUGCUACAUGGAGGAACUGCGUCACAUUGACCUGGUAGAAGGAGACGAGGGACGGAUGUGUAUCAACACCGAGUGGGGAGCCUUCGGGGACAACGGGUCCUUAGAGGACAUCCGAACAGAGUUUGACCGCGAGAUCGACAGAGGCUCCAUCAACCCGGGAAAACAACUGUUUGAGAAGAUGGCCAGCGGCAUGUACAUGGGAGAGCUGGUUCGACUCAUCCUGGUCAAAAUGGCCAAAGAAGGCCUGCUGUUUGAGGGACGAAUAACCCCCGAGCUCCUGACCAAAGGAAAGAUCAAAACAAAGCACGUUUCUGCCAUUGAAAAGACUAAAGAGGGGCUGAAGAAGUGUAUGGAAAUCCUGACUCGGCUUGGGGUGGAACCUUCAGACGAGGACUGCCUGGCAGUGCAGCACGUGUGCACCAUUGUGUCUUUCCGCUCAGCAAAUCUCAUUUCUGCAUCCCUGGGUGCCAUUCUUUCUCGCCUAAAGGACAACAAAGGAGUAGCACGCCUGCGAACUACUGUGGGCAUCGACGGGUCUCUCUACAAGAUGCACCCUCAAUACGCCCGCCGUCUGCACAAAACUGUGCGCCGCUUGGUCCCAGACUCAGAUGUCCGCUUCCUGCUGUCUGAGAGUGGCAGCGCUAAAGGCGCGGCCAUGGUGACAGCAGUUGCCUACCGUCUGACGGAGCAGGCCCGCCAGAUACAGCAAACCCUGGCAGAGUUUCGGCUGAGCAAGGCCCAACUGUUAGAGGUGAAGAAAAGGAUGAGGGUGGAGAUGGAAAGAGGCCUGAAGAAGGACACCCACAAGGACGCCUCAGUCAAAAUGCUGCCCAGCUUCGUCCGAAGCACACCAGACGGAACAGAAAAUGGAGAUUUCCUGGCUCUGGAUCUCGGGGGGACAAACUUCCGCGUGCUCCUGGUUAAGAUUCGGAGUGGGAAGAGGCGAACAGUAGAAAUGCAUAACAAAAUCUACGCCAUUCCUCUGGAAGUCAUGCAGGGUACAGGAGAAGAGCUCUUUGACCACAUUGUGCACUGCAUCUCUGACUUCCUGGACUACAUGGGAAUGAAAAGCGCUCGACUGCCGCUGGGAUUCACUUUCUCCUUCCCCUGCCACCAGACCAGCCUGGAUGCAGGCAUCCUCCUAACCUGGACCAAGGGAUUCAAAGCCACAGACUGUGAGGGGGAGAAUGUGGUGGAGCUUCUUCGAGAAGCCAUCAAGAGGAAAGAGGAGUUUGAUCUGGAUGUGGUCGCCAUCGUGAAUGACACAGUUGGAACAAUGAUGACCUGCGCGUACGAGGAACCCACCUGUGAGAUUGGACUGAUCGCAGGGACCGGCAGUAACGCCUGUUACAUGGAGGAGACUCGGAACAUCGAGAUGGUGGAUGGGAACGAAGGUCGCAUGUGUGUCAACAUGGAGUGGGGGGCAUUUGGAGACAACGGCUGUCUGGAUGACAUCAGGACGAUAUAUGACAAGGCGGUGGACGAAAACUCACUCAACGAAGGCAAACAAAGAUAUGAGAAGAUGUGCAGCGGGAUGUACCUGGGAGAGAUCGUCAGGAACAUUCUGAUUGACCUGACCAAAAGGGGCUUCCUGUUCCGGGGACACAUCUCAGAGACGCUGAAGACCACAGGCAUCUUCGAGACAAAGUUCCUGUCGCAGAUAGAGAGCGAUCGUCUGGCGCUGCUGCAGGUCAGGGCCAUCCUGCAGCAGCUGGGCCUCAACAGCACCUGUGAUGACAGUAUUAUCGUCAAGGAGGUGUGUGGCACCGUGUCCCGCCGUGCGGCGCAGAUCUGUGGAGCCGGAAUGGCUGCUGUGGUAGACAAGAUCCGUGAGAACAGAGGACUGGACCACUUGGACGUCACCGUGGGAGUGGACGGCACGCUGUACAAGCUGCACCCACACUUCUCUCGGAUUUUCCAUCAGACGGUGAAGGAACUCGCCCCCAAAUGUGACGUCAACUUCCUGCUGUCUGAGGAUGGAAGCGGUAAGGGGGCCGCCCUCAUCACUGCUGUGGGCUGCCGUCAGAGGGAGCAGGAGGCACAGCACCACUGACGAGCUCCACCUGCUUUUGUCCUCAAAACUCAUCUGCUGCUCCGCCGUGACCUUCACCCGCUGCACAGCCCGACGCCAUCGCCAUCAUCAGGCAGCCGUGACUGAACCUCUGCCCCAACAAGAACCCGCCACCGCCAGAAACAUGAAGAAAAUGCACAUUCAAAUGCUUAUUUAUACACUACCAGAAGGUUUAUUAUUUCCAUGUUUGUAAUUUUCCUCAGUAGCAUGUCAAUAAUCUAAUCAGUCGAAUUUCCUUAGGCGUGCAAUAUUUAUGUACUGCUAAUUUUUAUUUUUAUAUGGAAGCAAAUAUAACUAUAUUUAUAUAGCUGA